AUGGAAUCUCAAGGCACAGCAGGAUUGUCGACGGCCGCCUUGGUGGCCAUUGCUUGCAACACAUUUGUUGCAUUCCUGCUCCUCCUGCUCUGUCUGAUUGUCUAUCGAGCCUGCAUGGUCCCCUCUAGCCCAGAGAGCCUGCCGGUGUUGGCUCUGAGUGAAGCGGAGGCCCAGCAGAUGAGUGAGCACAAGUACCUCUUGACCUCCUGA